CUCCGGUUAUUCUGCAUGCUGCUAAUUUUGAUCGUAGCGUGGCCGUUUGCAGUCCUGGCAACUUCUUGCAACAGUCACAAAGGGGUUGUUCCUGCUGUAGGGUGGAAAAGGUUCGUAUCCAACAUCGGCCUCAGGUUCUUGGGCCGUGCCUUGUUCCUCGUCAUGGGCUUCCGCGUGAAAGUGAAAGGCCGGCCGGCCAGCCGCAAAGAAGCACCGAUCUUCACCGUGGCCCCUCACUCCACCUUCUUUGACGGAAUUGCCUGCGUUGUCGCCGGGUUGCCAUCGUUCGUGUCAAGAACGGAGAACCUCAGGGUCCCCAUCCUCGGCAGAAUUCUUCAAGCACUUCAGCCCAUACUGGUAUCCCGCGUUGACCCUGAUUCUCGGAACAAGACAAUCAAUGAAAUAAACAGACGGGCAACUUCAGAAGACUCCUGGCCACAGAUACUGAUUUUUCCAGAAGGCACCUGCACAAACCGUUCAUGCCUGAUCACUUUUAAGCAAGGGGCCUUUAUUCCAGCUGUCCCAGUUCAGCCAGUGUUGAUCCGAUACACCAACAAGCGGGAUACUGUCACGUGGACAUGGCAGGGCAACACCUUCCUAGAGGCACUGGUUCUGACGUUGUGCCAGGCAUACACAAAUGUUGAAGUUGAGUUUCUGCCCGUCUGUAGCCCAACCGGCGAAGAGAAGAAUUCCCCCACUCUCUUUGCCAACAAAGUCCGCAGCAAAAUGGCAUGUGUUUUGGAUGUACCUGUUACGGACCAUACCUAUGAAGAUUGUCGGCUGAUGAUAUCGGCAGGGCAGCUGACUUUGCCUAUGGAAGCCGGUUUGGUAGAGUUCACCAAGAUCAGCAAAAAAUUGAGUCUCAACUGGGGCAGUAUCCGAGAUCAACUGGAUCAGUUUGCUGAGAUCGCCCGUGCCUCGAAAGGGGGCAGGAUCCAAAUCGAUGAGUUUGCCGGAUACUUGAAGCUGCCCGUUUCCGAUGUUCUCCAAGAACUGUUUGCGCUCUUUGACAGGAAUGGAGAUGGUACCAUAGAUUUCAGAGAAUAUGUGAUCGGUUUGUCUGUUCUGUGCAAUCCUGCCAACACAGAAGAAACUAUUCAGAUGGCCUUUAAGCUCUUUGAUCUUGAUGAUGACGGCGUUAUAUCAGAAGAUGAAUUUGCCUCUGUCGUACGGGCAUCGCUCGGACUUCCUGACCUCGAUGUCUCUAAACUCUUUAAGGAAAUAGAUGCAGACAAGACGAAUAAGCUCUCUUACGAGGAGUUCAGAGAUUUUGCCCUAAAGCAUCCCGAAUAUGCCAAGCUGUUCACCACCUAUCUUGAGCUACAGCGAUGCCAAGUCCAGAUACAGUCGGAAGUUGAUGAUCACCACCCCUCUCUGAAAUCUCCCGUCUCGAAAAAGACCUCUGGCCCAAGCAAUAAAAUCUAUCCUCAGAACAGCGAAGAUGACAAUUCAGCGGCCUCAGACAAAAAGGAUGACUGAA